AUGGAGAUCGGGUGCUGGCUGUUCGGAGGCGAGUUCGAGGACUCUGUGUUCGAAGAGAAGCCCGAGCGACGGGCUGGACCGACCGCGUCCUACCGCGCCAAGCGCUGCGAGCGGCAGUGGUUUUAUGAAGAAGCAGAGAGCAGUGAUGAUGUUGAAGCUCUAACUAUCAAGAAAUUCAGAGGGGACCUGGCCUACAGACGACAAGAGUAUCAGAAAGCAUUGGAAGAGUAUUCCAGUAUCUCUGAAAAAUUGUCAUCUACCAAUUUUGCCAUGAAAAGGGAUGUCCAGGAAGGCCAGGCUCGGUGUCUGGCACACCUGGGAAGGCACAUGGAAGCGCUGGAGAUUGCUACAAACUUGGAAAAUAAAGCAACCAACACAGACCAUUUAACCACUGUGCUCUACCUCCAGUUUGCCAUUUGUUCAAGUUUGCAAAACUUGGAGAAGACUAUUUUCUGCCUACAGAAACUGAUUUCUUUGCACCCUUUGAAUCCUUGGAACUGGGGCAGAUUGGCAGAGGCUUACCUGAACGUGGGGCCAGGUCUUUCAGCAUCAGUUGUGUCAUCUCACAAACAGGACAGUUUCACCUCAAGUGACAAAACUAUCAAGUCCUCCUUUCCACACUCAGGAAUAGACUGUCUUUUGUGUUUCCCUGAAACCUUGCCUGGGAGCUCUGCACUUUCUAUGGAAGCAAGUAGCAGUAAUAGCCAGAAAAAUGAGAAAGCUCCUAAAAAUAUUCAAAACUGUAUGGCAGAAAAGAGAGAAGCGGUGUUGAUAGAGACUCAAAUGAAAGCAUGUGCCUCUUUUAUACGAACCAGGCUUUUGCUUCAGCUCACCCAAUCUCAGCAAACAUCGUUUGCUUUGGAGAGGAACUUAAGGACUCAGCAGGAAAUUGAGGAUAAAAUGAAAGGGUUCAGCUUCAAAGAAGACACUUUGCUGCUGAUAGCUGAGGUUAUGGGAGAAGAUAUCAUCCCAGAAAAAAUAAAAGAUGAAGUUCACCCAGAGGUGAAGUGUGUUGGCUCCACAGCCCCAACUGCCCUGGUGACUGCAUCCUCCAAAGAAUUUGAAGACAAGUGGUUCCGAAAGAUCAAAGACCAUUUCUGUCCCUUUGAAAAGCAGUUCCAUGCAGAGAUACAAAUCGUGACUUAGUGAUCCAUUUAAAAACAAAACAAAAUAUCUUGCACUGUAUUAAUUGUCUUUGUUUACUUCAGACAGGAUCCACUGUUAAUCACAGAAUAUGGUGAAUUAAAAAUGAUUAUGUUUUAUAAAAAUGGCUUCUCUCUGAGAUUA